AUAAAACCUGUCUUAUACAUAAUAACCCCCCCCCCCCCUUCUCUUCCCCCGAUCUGAUCUGCCUUGCUUCGGAAUGGUUCCACGGACGACUUUCUUUUCCCCUUCUUUUUGUUUUCUGCUUCCUUCCCUUUCCCGGCUUCAUGGCUGACGAUUUCGUCAUUGAGGCUUUUACCCUCCUGGCCAUUGCCAUUCUGACCAUUGCCUGCCGCAUCGCGGCCCGGUGGAUUACGGCGGGGCCUAAGAACUUCGCAUUGGAUGAUUAUUUGAUGCCGGUUGCAGGGGUAGUGUACGCCCUCGAAACCGGCGCCGCCUACUGCGUCAGCGCCUGGUGGCACGGUCUCGCCAACAACGCGAUGACCGCAGCCCAGCGCGCGGCGCUCUCGCCGCAGUCCGAAGAGUACCGGCUCCGCGUCGGGGGCUCCAAGACCCAAGUGCUGGGAUGGUCGCUGUACACCACUUUGCUGUGGUUGCUCAAGACGUGCAUGGCGGUGUUCUAUGCGAGACUGACGGCUGGGCUGUACAACAUGACCCGUCGCAUCCGCCUCGCCUACAUCUUCAUCGCCGGCACCUACCUCGCGGUCAUCCUGAGUAUCCUGCUGGGGUGUCGUCCGCUGCACAGGAACUGGCAGAUCCACCCGGAUCCCGGGAACUAUUGCCAGCCGGCCGUCUCGCCGAUCGAUGUGUAUGUCACGGUGACGCUGAAUGUGGUGACGGAUGUGUAUUUGAUUUCGAUUCCGUUCCCUAUCCUCUUCAAAGCCCGUCUCCCAUGGCGAGAGAAAUUCGAAUUGGUGGUGUUGUUCAGCGGCGGGCUAUUCGUCAUGGCGGCGGGGAUUCUGCGGUGUGUGUUGAUUGUCACGGCCGGCGCGAACGGCGCCUCGCAAGCCGGCAGCUGGGCCUGCCGCGAGACCUUCGUCGCCGUCCUGAUCGGCAACCUCCCCAUGAUCUACCCCGUGUGUCGCCGGAUGGUGAAACGGGCGGGCAGCUACUGGUCAUCCCACAGCUUGAACGCGAAGGGCGGAAGCACGACGACUGGGCCGGGGCCCGGGGGGUCCGGGUAUCCCCUUUCGGAAGGAGAGCAUCCGAGCAGUGCGCAUUCGCAGUCCCGGAAGAAGAAGUUCCGGCACCCCCUGUCGUUGCCGGAUACGCAGUGGACGCAGUUGGCGACGGUCAGUGAUGAGCAGAUCAUGCUGGCGGCGGUGGAUGCGGAGGGUCGGCGGAUGACGGGGGAAGAAGGGGGGAUUCAUGUCGUGCAGGAGUUGAUAAUUACGAGGAAUUGAGAAUAAGCCAAGACUUUCAAGGACUGGAGGCGACGCGGACGGAGUGAGUCUGCCCCAGGUUUGCUUGUAGUAGACAUGGUGGGCUAACCAGGGUGGUGGAGAAGUCAUACAGCGGUUAUGCGCUUUAGUUGAGUGACUGACAUUUGGCGAGAGAAAUAGAUUGGCUCGGUUGGAAGGCAAAGAAGAUAAUAGUAAGAGUCAGAGUCCGUUCUUAGAUAGUAGGUCACCUCACUGAGCAGUUGGAGUAUUG